AUGAUUGGAAUGCUAGCUAUCACCGCUAUUCCGACGGUGACAGGUAUAUCCCUCGCUUCCAGCGAGCAGCGCAAAGCAAACCAGCGCAAAGAAGAUGCCCGCCGCAUGGUGAAGUUCAAUAUCGUAGCAGAAUGCGACGGGGACACAGAUGACGACCGCGAGUUAAAUGGGAUGAAUGUUGUUGUUAGGAAUGAAAAGGUCUACCUCGCCGACUCAGAUCCCUCUAAGCGCAAUCCCCCAGCCUUCACGGCCUUGGCUUUCUAUAUCGAAUAUCCAGAGCCAGAAGAAUUGAAAUACCUCAAGCGGGAACGCGGCCUCGGCCUCCCAACCUACGUUCAAGACGACCCACCUCUGCUAAAUUGGAUCUAUGCGGAUGUAGAAACGCAUGAAUUGCGAUAUGGCAAUCGAUCGCAGAGCGUAGAGCAGGUGGUCGAGCCGUGGGACUGGUGUAAACAGGAAAGAAUCAUUUCGCUUGAGGGGAGGAAUAAGGCGUUUAUUGCGGUUGAGGAAGAGGAGGGUGAAUGGGCGCUUUAUUUUGAUCGUGAUGGUGAUGAGCUUGCUCGCGUCCUUGAAGAGCAAGAUAUGUUGGAUUGUGCUUUUGUGCCAGUUACGCUAGUGAGGAGAGUUGUGCAAGAGAAACCGCCGCCUCCUGCUCAAGCUGCUCCUCAGGCUCAGAGUCAGGCCCAGAGGCCGACAGCGGAUGGGGGAGCGGGACAGAAGUCAUGA